AUGACUUCUCAUGAAGAAUCUUCGCAUCAAAGACCAAUCAAGCAUUUCGUAAAUGAUACCAAAAAUAUUGUGGUAGAAGCGCUUCGAGGGAUUUGUUUGACUUUUCCACAUUUGCGAUUAAUUGAGCAAGAAAAGGGCAAAGCUGAUAUUGACGAAAUCAAAAAUAAGCAAGUCACUCUUAUAUCAGGGGGCGGAGCAGGUCAUGAACCUGCACACGCCGGAUUCGUAGGACCAAAUCUUUUAUCAGCCGCCGUCUCAGGCAACAUAUUCGCAUCCCCUUCCACCUCACAAAUACUCGCCGCGAUCCGACGUGUACAAUCGCCACACGGCACUUUACUCAUCGUCAAAAAUUACACGGGCGACUGUUUGAAUUUCGGAUUAGCCGCGGAGCGAGCAAAAGCUGAGGGAAUCAAAGUGGAUGUCAUUAUUGUGGGAGAUGAUGUCGGUGUCGGGAAAGAACAGGGUGGCUUGGUCGGAAGGCGUGGCUUAGCGGGAACUGUUUUUGUUCAUAAGGUCGCUGGUGCUAUUGCUGCUAAAGGUGCAACACUUGAAGAUACGAAAGCUGCUGCAGAAUUAGUUGCACGUAAUAUUGGGACAAUUGGUGUUGCUUUCGAUCAUUGUAUAAUUCCCGGAUCCCAAUCUGCUGCUUUUUUGUCGAAGGAUGAAAUAGAACUGGGAAUGGGACUUCAUAAUGAGCCUGGCUACAAAAAAAUAAGUCUUACACCAUCACGGGAAUUAGUUCGCACUAUGCUUGACACAAUACUUGAUACAACCGAUCCAGAUAGAUCUUUUCUUGACAUUAAACCAAACCGAGAUUCAAUUGCACUGCUGGUGAACAAUCUGGGUGGAUUAUCUGCCAUUGAAGGUGGUGUUGUGGUGAAAGAUGCAAUUGAAUAUUUAGAGGAAAAGCAAUUCCAAGUAAAGAGAGUUUAUCUAGGCCAUUUUAUGACUUCUUUGAGUAUGCCUGGAGUCUCGUUGACUAUUCUAAAAUUACCGAUUGGAGGAGGGGAGAAAGUAUUGGAAUAUCUAGAUGAGCCAGUUCAAGUGCCCGGUUGGCAAAAUCGUAUUGUUGUUGAUAGUUCGGGAUUACAACAAGAUCUUGAUGAAAAGGUCUCUAGAAGUAGAUUAGCAGGAAACGAUAAUAUUGAACACACAAUUGGUGUUGAUUCGAGUUCAUUCCAAAAGUCUAUAGCUCUUGCGUGUCAAGCUGCUAUAAAAGCUGAACCGGUAAUCACAAAGUAUGAUAUGAUAGUGGGCGAUGGUGAUUGCGGUACGACUUUGAAAAAUGGCGCAACUGCAAUCCUCGAUGCAUUCGACGAAUACAGAAUCAACACAAAAAAUGUUCCUGAAGCGAUUAGACAAAUCAGCGAUAUUUUGGAGAAUAGUAUGGGAGGAACUAGCGGAGCGAUAUAUUGCAUUUUCUUGAAUGGACUAGCCAAUGGGGUUUUGUCCACGGCUGUUAAACACCCUGACAGUCAUUCGAUAUCAAUAGAUGCAAAAUGUUGGGCUGAAUCAUUGAAAAUCGCAUUAACUUCACUUUCCCUAUACACCAAAGCAAAAGUGGGUGACCGGACACUAAUGGACACAUUAAUUCCUUUUAUCGAAACUUUUACGACAAACACCACUAAUGAUACACAUCAGGCUUUGAGAUCGGCGUUAAAUGCUGCACAACAAGGUGCAGAAAAUACUAGAACAUUGAAAGCCAGAUUAGGUCGUGCUUCCUAUAUUUCUGAUGAAAGUAUAAAAGAAGCUAAUGUUCCGGACCCUGGUGCAUGGGGUCUUGUGACUAUUUUGAAUGGUUUAUUAGGGUCACAGAUUUGA